UGUUAGUUUCGUCCUACCAUCAAGAUGUUUCUACUUAUCGCACCUUUAAUUCUUAUUCUGCUAUAUUUAUAUUUCAGCAAAAACCACGACUAUUGGGCAAAAAGGGGGGUGAAACAUGACACACCGAUACCAAUAUUCGGCAAUCAUUUGCGCUGCGUAUUAACAAUGAAAAGCGUUACAGAAGUCACUUGUGAACUCUACAAGAAAUAUGCGAAAGAGAAAAUCAUUGGGUACUAUCGUGGUAGAACGCCCGCUCUUAUAAUCAGAGACCCUGAGAUUGUUAAACGAGUUAUGUGCUCUGAUUUCUGGUCGUUCUAUAACAGAGGGGCAGGAAGGAACCCUGAGCAAGAAUCUCUGAUGUUAAAUGUGUUUCAUGGAGACGGUGACACUUGGAAGCUAUUGCGACAGCAUACAUCGUCAGCGUACACUUUAGCCAAGUUAAAAGCUAUGUUUCCUUUGAUAAUACAGUGUGCAGAGGACCUACAGAAGGUGGUUAAGACUGUAGCGCAGAAAAAAGGUAGUUUUAACGCCGUUGAUCUCAUGGCUCGAUUCACGAUAGAUUUCAUAGGCGCUUGCGGUUUCGGCGUCGACGUAAACUCGAUGAACACAGAGAAUUCCAUAUUCAAGAAGCUGGGGAAGCUGAUAUUUACUAAAACGGCUAUAGAACGGCUCAAACAGGCAAUGUAUGAGCUUUUUCCUGAACUUCGUAGAUACAUAUACGUGUCGGAUAGGGAAAUUCUUCUCACGCUGAAUAAACUUGUGUCUGCUAUUUUAGAACAGAGAAACAACAAGCCUUCCGGGCGGAACGACUACAUAGAUUUGCUGCUAGAGUUGGAAAAGAAUGGGAAAAUGCGCGGGAAAUCACUCGAGAAAGUAAAUCCUGACAAUUCGCCGAUGGACGUCGAGAUGGAGAUGGAUUUUAAGCUAUUCGUGGCAAAUGUAGCUUUAUUUUUCGGGGCCGGCUUUGAAACUUCGUCUUCAGCGAUGAGUUACACUUUACACGAGCUAGCGUUUUAUCCGCAACUUCAAAAAGAGAUACAGGAAGAAAUAGACGAAGUUUUACCGAAGUAUGACGGUAAACUGUGCUAUGAUUCUGUGUCGCGAAUGCCUAAGCUGGCUAGGGCUUUUAAAGAGGCAAUGAGGAAGUUCCCGGCCGGAGGGGUUCUGUACCGGGUCUGUACGAAGCGGUACACGAUUCCCGGUACAGGGGUGACUAUAGAUCCGGGUGUGGAGAUAUUUAUACCGGCGCAAGCUUUGCAAAUGGAUGAGCAGUACCAUGAGAACCCUGAAGAGUUUAAUCCGGAGAGAUUCUUGCCUGAGAAUGAGUCGAAAAUGGGAAAAUAUGUGUACCUGCCGUUUGGAGAAGGACAAAGAGGGUGUAUAGGUUCCCGACUAGGCGAGAUGCAGUCGCUCGCCGGACUGGCAGCACUGCUGCAAAUCGCCAGCGUGUCGCCAUGUAGCGCGACCGUCCGUCAACCUCGACCCGACCCGCGCGCUUACUUCGUGCAGGGCUUUGCGGACGGCCUUCCCCUUACAUUGACAUUGCGUGAUAAAUAGUUUCCCCUCAUGGGCCACCA